AUGGUUGUUUUGGAACAAGAGUAUAUAGCUCAGCCUCAAGUUAUUUCAGUUUCUAGUCAAAUGAUUAUUGUGUGCAUUGGGGAUGUGUUGGUGUCAGGAGUUCAUGCACAUGUCAAGGCUGUUCAGAGGAGGUUUUUAUGGUCUGAAAUGAAGUUACUAAUUGAUCUCAAUAAACCAUGGAUUGUUUUAGGUGACUUCAAUGCUGUUCUAACUCAAGAUGAGAAGGUUGGUGGUAAAUUACCUAACAUAAAUUCAAUGUUAGAGUUUAGUGAUUUUUUAAAUCAGUGUGAGUUACUUCAAGCUCCCAAAACUGGUUUGCAAUAUACAUGGUCUAAUUGUCAGCAUGGAAGUAAGAGGAUUCUAUGUACCUUGGACAGAGUGGUAUUCAAUCAAAAAUGGUUACAUUUAUAUGGAGAUUGGGGUUAUAAAGUUGGUAUGAGGAUUGUGUCUGAUCAUGCUCCUCUAUUGGGUGGUUGUGCUAUGAAGAUAAAGGAAGCUGAAGAUAAAUUUAAAUUGGCAACUCAAGUAUCAGAUAGUAAUCCAAUUGAUGAGGAAGCUCUUAACAAUUUAGUAAAUGCUCAAAAUGAGCAUGCUAACAGGGAAAUUCAAGCAAAUACCUUGCUGAGACAAAAAGCUAGAGUCAAGUGGAUAAAAGAAGGAUCUGCUAAUACAAAAAAAUUCCACACUAAAAUGAAAAUCAGAAAUGCGAGAAAUAUGAUUAGUGAACUUGAAGACAAUGAUGGAAAUGUAAUUGUACAUCAAGCUCAAAUAGCUGAGUAUUGGUGA